AUGGACGCUGAAAAGACUGCGCGCCAUUUGCAGUUCGUCAGCAAUCUGACUGGAGGUAGCAUUUUGGAAUUAACUUGUCUGCUGAUUAUACCAUGCGCCCUCGGAUACUUACGUGUUCUCAUCGACCACCUCUAUCCAAGAGUGACCUCCAAGAUACCGCCGCUCAUACGGGACUUUCUGCUGGUCAUCGCAGUCUUCGUUCUGCCUGUUACAUUACUCUCCGACUACAUCUUUGAAAUGACGGUGAUUGCCUGCACAACAGCGGUCCUUCUCUACGGUCAUGCUCGAAAUGGGAAGUUUCCCCCACCAUUUCCUGAGCCUCUGUACGUUUGGCGCCGAGCCCUUCGUGCCUAUAUCCUCCUUUACACCUGUGUAUGCAUAUAUGCCGUGGAUUUCCCGCUAUUUCCGCGCCAUUUGGCUAAGACGGAGGCCCAUGGUGUCUCGCUGAUGGACGUAGGUGUGGGCCUGAUCUCGGUUUCCUGCGGCAUCGCUAAUGUGCCCUUCGUGUACUUCUGCCGCACUUCUGCGCGCUCUUACGCCUCCAUGUCCUCCGUGAUCAUGUCGACGGUCAUUCUAGUUCUCAUGGGGGCUUCACGCACUGUGCUAGUCAAACUGCUGGGUUAUCCGGAGCACGUGACAGAGUACGGUGUGCGCUGGAAUUUCUUUAUCACCAUGGCUGUUCUUCGUUUUGCUGGUUUUCUCGUAGGCGGUCUGCUGUCACGCCUGUCAAACUUCGCCGCAAUGAAUGUCCUCUGGUUGCUAUCAAUCACGCCGGAGUUCUCUGCUGCUUGCAACGCCGAGCGUCUUGUCUCCCUGCCGGGUUACUUUGCUCUCUACCUCUGGGGCAUGUUGUUAGGCUUCUUGGUUGAUGUUCAUUUGGCGCAGGCUGUCAGUUCUGACAAAUACAAGUUUUUGGCUGUGCAGGAGGAGGAAACGUGGUUCGUUUAUGCUUCUUUACCUUCAGCUACUUUACGUUUUGUUAAAAAGAUUGGAAGCAUUGAUACGGCUCAAGUAAGCUAA